AUGUCAGCAACGCGAACAGUAAGAAAUUCAGGCGGACUUGGAAUCAAGUUCGGCGAUCAAUAUACUGAUAUACGUCGCUCCUCUGUUGUUGUGUCCCAGUCGUCCUCCAUUUACAGCUUUGAAGAGGGUAUUGACAAGAUCGAUACGCCCCACCCCGCCUAUGGGUUCACAACAAGUCCUGAGCCAGUUGUUGAAAAGCCAAUUGCUCCAAGGAGAGUCGAUGCCAUCGAUCUUGAAGCAGAUCCCUACGAACUUCUUGAAGAACUCCUGGAUUCGACGCUGCGCGACCAAGCAGUGACAUUUGUUCGAAAGUCGUCGUCUACCCCUCGCGCUGGAUCUUCGCAGUUCACGCCAAGGGUUUUUUCUGGCACAGCCACAUUUGCGACAGGCUCUCCCCUUCCUCCCAGAUACCAACGACAACGACAAACACAAAUCUACACAGGCAGCCCUGUACGAAAUCAUCGCUCCUGCACAGUCUCUGGUGCUGAAGCCUCUCGAAUCCCCCCAUCAAAUAGUAGCCCCGAUCUUCGUGGGUUCUCUGAAUCACAUUACCGCUCACAAUCCACCCCAACUGCCCUGACGCCAACCCAAACCGACUCACAUUCCUUCUCGACCUUUGGAAAUCGACUCCUGAAGAAGCUUCCGAAGCUGCCAAACAUCUCGAAGAGGAUUCGCCUUCCAUCGCAGAUUUUUCCUUUCUUUACAAAAGCACAAGAAGCUGAGACUGCAGAGAAGGUGUAUUCGAAAGUCCACGGUUGUGAACGCCACCAGAACUGCACAGAUUGCACGAAUAUCGAGUUCGCAUACUGGGAAAAUAAAAUCAUGUCUACCUCUAUUCCAGCCGAUGAGCGUCAAAAGAUCAUUGCCAACAACAAAUCUCUGCGUACAAUCAAGAAUGAACUCGAAAGCCUUCUUGAGAAUGGGAUGAUUAGCGAUGAAACAUACGAUACUGUUAUCAAUUCUCUGCCUGCCGAAACCUCACUCAACAGCGCUGCACGAAGAAAUGUGGUUCCUCCUUCUCCAAUCCCGACGCCUGAAACCAACCCUCUCACGGCUGCGAUCAGCAACAUGAGAAUCAACAGCAACAGCAGCCAAGAGCCUCCUUCAUACUCUUCCUCCACGGCUGCUCCCCCAGCUCUUCCAGGACGUGCACCUACCCAGCAACCCGAGAGACCAGAGAUUGGUCGUGCCACCAGUUUAUACCCUUACGAAGGCGCCCCAGAGGACUGCUCGUUCGGAGUCAAUGAAACACUCGUCAUCUAUGAAUACAUGAAUAAUGAAUGGUGCUAUGGCAAGAACUUGACUACUGGCAAGCAAGGCCUUUUCCCUACGAACUACGUCCAAAUCAAACAACAAGCACCGACACCAAACCCCAACGCGUACGGUGCAUAUGGAGCUGACAAGCAGAAUGCUCAAUGGGGAGGAGGAUACCCAGGUCAAUAUCAACAAGCACAGGCACAAGGUCCCCCACCACCAGGCCCAAGCAAUCCUUACAACAGCGCUGUACCACCAAUGCAAAUCGCGGAGCAACCUGUAGACGGCAAGCCAGGCAAGGGCGCGGAAAUGGGCAAGAAGUUUGGCAAGAAGUUGGGUAACGCUGCUAUCUUUGGUGCUGGUGCUACGAUUGGAGGCAACAUCGUCAAUUCGAUCUUCUAG